AUGUCUGUAGGUGAGAUAACUAUUCUGCCUCUAAAUGAUGAUUUGACACUAGACAUGGCUCAAAUUAAUGGCAUAGUAUUACCUGUAAAUUUUAGUGCUAAAAUCUAUAGUCAAAUGGUGCAAGACAAGUAUUCAUUUGUUGCUUUUGUGAAAAAUCCGAAGACUGGUAAAGAUGAAGCUGUCGGAGCCAUUGGUUGUGUUCUAAAAUCUGAUCCUCAUGCUUGUCCAAACACAUCCGGCCUUUGCAUUGCUUCAUUGGCUGUAUUAGCAAAAUACAGAUCAAAAGGAAUCGGAUCUAAAUUAUUAAAUCAAGUUAUUGAAUUAGUGGAGUGUCAAAAGAAACUCAUCACCGUCUACCUACAAACACAAGUCAACAAUGAUGAUGGAAUUAAAUUCUAUCAGAGGCACAAUUUUUCAAUCAUCACACGAAUUGAAAAAUUCUACCGUCGAUUAGAUCCACCAGAUUGCUUUGUGCUUUCGAGAUGUUUUCAUUAA